AUGGCCACAUCACAGAUGAUGGCCGUUACCCUGCUUACGCGGGCCAUCGAGUACGAUGUGGUUGGCCGGAAACUGGAAGCGCUCAAGCUGUACGAAGAUGGCAUCGAAUCACUGCUGAAAGAAUCGAAAGCUGAAACGGACCCGAAACGAAAGCAGCACUACCAGGCCAAAAUUUUCGAAUAUAUGAACCGAGCGGAACAGGUGAAGGAGCUGGUAACGCGCUGGAAGAGCAAAGGUGUGAUAAGUGACAAAAUUCACAUCGUAGAAGGUAGCACCGGGUACAGCUACAGUAAAAUCUUUGGCAAAUAUUUGACCGAUGAGGUGCACGAGGUACUGAUCGAGGAACCGUACGUGCGGGAUCACUAUCAGGUGUGCAACUUGGUAAUGCUAUGCGAACUGGCGGUCAGUAGCUGCCGGAACGUGAAGUAUAUUCAACUGCUGACGGUUAAGGACACCAAAAACAACAACGAGCAAGGACGAGCAUUCGAAACGCUGAAGGAGAGCUUACACAAGCAUGCGGUAAAAUUUGUGGUCGAAUAUUCCGAACACAUGCACGAUCGGCAAGUGAUACUUAGCAAUGGCUACGUCAUUAAGAUUGGCCGCGGGCUGAACUACUUCAAACCGUCCGCAAGUAAGUACAGUAUCGGUGCAUUCAACUACCAUUUCCGGGAGUGCCGGGAAACGAACGUGGAUGUGUUUUACUGUCCGGAGAAUAAUAAAUCAUCACUGUGAAUGGACGCAUCGGAAAUUUGAUGAGCAUAAGU